AUGUCAGCUUCAGCUGUGGAGGCAGUUAAUGCUGCCCCUUUGUCUGGUUCCAAAGAAAUGAGUUUGGAGGAACCAAAGAAGAUGACCAGGGAGGACUGGAGAAAGAAGAAAGAGCUAGAAGAACAGCGGAAACUGGGUAAUGCUCCUGCUGAAGUAGAUGAAGAAGGAAAAGACAUCAAUCCUCAUAUUCCUCAGUAUAUUUCCUCAGUACCGUGGUAUAUUGACCCGUCAAAAAGACCUACAUUAAAGCACCAAAGACCCCAGCCAGAGAAACAGAGGCAAUAUAGCUCAUCUGGAGAAUGGUACAAGAGGGGUGUGAAAGAGAAUUCCAUAACUACUAAGUAUCGCAAAGGUGCAUGUGAAAAUUGUGGAGCCAUGACACACAAAAAGAAAGACUGCUUUGAAAGACCUAGGCGAGUUGGAGCAAAAUUUACAGGUACUAAUAUAGCUCCAGAUGAACAUGUCCAGCCUCAGCUGACCUUUGACUAUGAUGGGAAAAGGGAUCGGUGGAAUGGCUACAAUCCAGAAGAACACAUGACGAUUGUAGAAGAAUAUGCCAAAGUUGAUCUGGCAAAACGAACACUCAAAGCCCAAAAACUGCAAGAAGAAUUAGCUUCAGGAAAAUUAGUAGAACAAGCUAAUUCCCCAAAACACCAGUGGGGAGAGGAGGAACCAAAUUCUCAGAUGGAAAAAGAACAUAAUAGUGAAGAUGAGGAUGAAGAUAAAUAUGCAGAUGAUAUUGACAUGCCAGGACAGAAUUUUGACUCUAAGAGACGAAUUACUGUGCGAAAUCUCCGGAUCAGAGAAGAUAUUGCAAAAUAUUUGCGGAAUUUAGAUCCAAAUUCUGCUUAUUAUGAUCCCAAAACUAGAGCAAUGAGAGAGAAUCCCUACGCGAAUGCAGGAAAGAAUCCAGAUGAAGUUAGUUAUGCAGGAGAUAACUUCGUCCGAUACACAGGAGAUACCAUCUCAAUGGCUCAGACACAGUUGUUUGCUUGGGAAGCCUAUGAUAAGGGAUCUGAAGUGCAUCUUCAAGCAGAUCCUUACUCAAGACAUGGGACAGUGAUCAAAGGACAGGAGCGGGCUGUCGCCUGCUCCAAGUAUGAGGAGGAUGUAAAGAUCAACAAUCACACGCAUAUCUGGGGAUCUUACUGGAAAGAAGGCCGAUGGGGAUACAAAUGUUGUCAUUCUUUUGUGAAGUAUUCUUAUUGUACUGGAGAAGCUGGGAAGGAGAUUGCCAAUUCAGAGGAAUGUAUACCAGGCGAUGCAGCUGGAGAAGAGUCCAUGAAGAAACCUCAAACUCUCAUGGAGAUGCAUCAAGAAAAACUGAAAGAGGAGAAAAAGAAGAAAAAGAAGAAGAAGCAUCGAAAGAGCAAUUCAGAUAGUGAUAGUGAAGAAAAACAUGAAAAACUGAAAAAGGCACUGAAUGCAGAAGAGGCCCGCCUUCUUCAUGUCAAGGAGAUCAUGCAAAUCGAUGAAAGGAAGCGGCCUUAUAAUAGCAUUUAUGAAACCCGGGAACCAACGGAAGAGGAAAUGGAGGCCUAUAGAAUGAAGCGUCAGAGGCCUGAUGACCCCAUGGCUUCCUUCCUUGGCCAGUAG